GCCGAGGAGGCAUGAAAUUGCUGCAGAUGCUUCUACGGGGGAGUCCCUGCUGCCCGCAGCCUGAGAUGAGCCCGCAAGGUCAGCUCUGCGCCCCUCCUCGGAGCUGCCAGCCACCAGCAGAGUCCACCCUCUUCAUGGAAAGCCCCAGGCCGUGGCCCCCUGGUGAUGGCAUCCGACAAUGACGUGAAGAUGUUGCUGAACUUUGUGAACCUGGCCUCCAGCGACAUCAAGGCGGCCCUGGACAAGUCCGCGCCCUGCCGCCGCUCCGUGGACCACCGCAAGUACCUGCAGAAGCAGCUCAAGCGCUUCUCCCAGAAGUGCUCGCGGCUCCCGCGGGGCCUUCCUGGCCGGGCCUCUGAGCCCCACCUGAAAAGGGGGCCCGAAGACCGGCCCGGGAGGCUGCCCCUCCACUCGGGCCCUGGUGCCAGCCCCGGCGGGGGAGGGGGCUGCAAGGAGAAGGCUCUGGGGAACCCCUGGAGGGAGGAGCGGCUUCCCAAGGAGCAGAGCCCCCAGGGGCAGACUCCCGAGGCUGCCAAGCCUGGCCAGGUGCCCAUGAGGAAAAGACAGCUGCCCGCUUCCUUCUGGGAAGAGCCAAGGCCCACCCACAGCUGUCCCUUGGCGCUGGAGGGGGGACUGGGCCCCAGGGAGGGACCUCCCUACGAGAGUAAGAAAAGUUGCAAGGGCCUGGAGUCCUUGGGGCCUGAGACUGCCCCGGUGCCCAUGUCCCCAAGGGCACUGGCUGACAAGGAGCCCCUCAAGAUGCCCGGGGUCUCCCUGGUGGGCCGUGUGGAUGCCUGGAGCUGCUGCCCCCUCCAGUACCAUGGACAGCCCAUGUACCCAGGCCCUCCAGGGGCCCUGCCCCACAGCCAGGUCCCCGGCCUGUGCCUGUGGAGGAAGAGCCCAGCCUCGCCCGGGGAGCUGGCUCACUUCUGCAAGGAUGUGGAAGGCCCGGGGCAGAAGGUGCACAGACCGGUGGUCCUGAAGCCCAUCCCCACCAAGCCGGCCGUGCCCCCGCCCAUCUUCAACGUCUUCGGCUACCUCUAGCUGGGCUGGGAGGGACUCGGCCCCCUCCUCCAGAUAUCAGGGGCCCCAACGAGCUCUCCUUAGGAGGAGGGGGCUGGGCAGUGGCGUGGCCUCU